GUUACGCUUACCUCGCAAUUCUCAGACCAUUCGGAAAGUUGGCUAGACAAACUCUCGAGAGCAGCAACAAGAAAAAUAUAGCCAACAGAACAUUUGAGUGUCGUUGGAUUACAUUGAAAAUCUCUUGGGAAACAUGCAAUCUACAGUUUUUACUAUCUUGUUUGUCAAAGUAUGUUUAACUUUACAUGGAAAUACAGCAGUGUUAGCUGAACUUCCAAGUCCCAGUAACAUCAGGAUUAACUCUGUCAACAUGGGAUUAGUGUUGGAGUGGGAUGCACCUCAGAACCGCGCAGAAAACAUAACCUACAGAGCAGGGUACAGGGGCUUGGUCAGCAGCUAUGAGGUUGUAUGUUGGAACACAACAGCCCAAAGCUGUGACUUCACCAGUCAUCUACACAAAUUUGGAGUGUACUUUUUCCAAGUGAGGGCAGAACGAGAGGGGGACACAUCUCGCUGGAUGAAGACCAGCGUGCAGUUUGUCAUGGAUGAACACACCACACUAGGCCCUCCCGGUGUGACGCUCGUCUCCAGUGGGGCUGACAUUGAAGUGAGCAUCAACGACCCRGUGCUCAGGAUCUCUGAGUUCAAAGACGUAUACAACCACGCAAARUUUAACAUCWCCUWCUGGAAAGAGGGUCAGGAGGAGAAGACCAAAACUACGAAUAUCACCCCACUGCGUAAAGUGGUCUUGGCGCUGGAGCCAUGGACCAGGUACUGUGUUCAGGCCUGGGUGUACACCCAGAGGUUCUCCAAACACAGCCAGCCCAGCAAUGUUACGUGUGAGAGCACCGCUAAGG